GAGAACUAAGUGAAAAUAAAACGAGAACAAUUUUUCUAAAUUGUUCAUAUUUUUUCGAAUAGCCGUAAGACGUCAAGAUUCGUUUAACUGGACAGUUUUUCAACGUCAAAUCUGACCGCUCCAGAUAAAAGUCGAUCAGUCACGGUUGCUAUGGUUUCUACAGAUUAGGAUUCAUUGUUGUUGCGCUCACUCCGAAAAUUAUUAAAAACUUUCAGAGCUUGUUCCGUCCUAAUUAUGUUUUCUUUCAUAUGGAAUGAAAAGUUUUGGCUUCCGCACAACGUAACAUGGGAUUUAAUGAAAGAAAUAAAUUCAGCUGGUGUUUCACCAACUCUCACGAAAUCUAUGGACUGCUUUUAUGCUGUAGCUGUUCUUACAGCCAUUCGUUAUUAUUUGAAAAAGUCUGUUUUAAUUCCUCAUGGUCUUUCAAUGGGGUUGCGCUUCCCUAAAAUAUCUCAUGUUCCUGACAUACCGGCCUUAAAGACGGUAUUUGAAAAAAAUCACAAACCCACAUACGUCCAGAUAAAGGAACUUUCGAAAACUCUUAAUUUGAGCGAUCGGUCGAUUGAAGCGUGGUUUCGAAAAAAGCGUAACUGCGAAAAGUUUCCAACGAUUGUGAAACUUGUAGAAUCUGAGUAACUUUUUUGGAUUUAACUGUAACCAUAUUUGUUUGUUAGGUGGAAGUUAUGCUACUAUACUACCAUGUUUUUGUACGGAUUAUUUGCGUUGCACGAUAAGUCCUACUUCUGGGAUGUGAGAGAUACGAUGAUGAAUUAUCCAUAUCAUGUCUUGACCCCAGAAAUUCAUUGGUAUUAUAUGGUACAGCUUGGAUACUACACAGCUUCAUUAUUAUGGAUUUUUUAUGAAGUCAAACGAUCGGUUAGUAUAUCUUUUUCGAAAAACGUGUGUUUUGGUUGGAUUUAACCAUAAAGUUUGGUCCAUUAUGAAUGGCUGGUUAUUAGCAACAUAAUCUGACAGGAAAUAGGAUACCAUGGAUUUCAAAGUUCUUCUUGGACAUCAUAUUUCAACGGUUUUAUUGUUGACAUUCUCAUAUAUAACAAAUUAUCAUCGAGUUGGUGCUGUUGUUCUCAUACUUCAUGAUAUUGCAGAUUGUUGGAUGGAAGCAGCUAAGAUAUGCAAAUAUGUCAAUAAACAAUUGGCCACUGAAGUGUUAUUUUAUAUUUUUGUACCCGUUUGGAUCGUUACACGAUUAACAUACUUUCCACUGUGGGUAAUUUGGGCAACUUUUAAAUUUGGCAUCUUUGUAAAUGGUCCAUAUCCAGCUAUUCUCAUUAUGGUUGGAUUUUUAUUAGUUUUACAAAUUUUACAUAUUUAUUGGUUUUGUUUAAUUGUGAAAAUUGCAAUACAAGUCAAAUCAAAUGGACGUGUGAGUUCGAUAUGUUAUUUUUUCUUUAUUAAUUCAAUUAUAUACUUAUUAGAUAGUGUUUCAGUUAUCAAUUUUGUAAUGUUUCUCAGCAACAAUAGGAUAACUCAGACCAUUGUUUUAAUGAUUUAAGCACCAUACCCAUUAAAGAUGUUAAUAGCUAUCUGAUCUCAGUAUUUCAGUUUAUGACACGUUAGGAGUUUAAAGUAACAUUAGUAGGCAAAUACAUCAGACUGGUAAGUCUUAAUUUAUGAUAAAACGCUCAUGCUGGAUUCCAUUAGUAGUAAUAGUCUAUCUAGUUUAAAUCAACUGGGACUAUAGUGUGAUGAUUGGAAGUGUUUGAAUUAUUAUACGAACUAGGAAUCUCAGAAAUAACGCAAUCUUUAUCAAGAAAAACUAUGUGAGCGAAAACGAACGUGUUGUAUUUGGAGUUCGAAAUCGGGCGGACAUCGAGUACAAUGUAAUCAUCUGUUCAUGAAAACACCACAUAUAAUUCACAGGAAUAAAUGAAAUCAAUAAAUGAAAAACUUGAAACGAUACAAAACUCAAAACUUAGAGUAAAAUAUACAGUGAAUACAACUGCACCACUGUAACCGAUUUCGACCCGUAUGACCCAGUGUAUGAGCCUCAAUCAGGAAUUGAUUGAAUUAAUUUCAAAUCCUAGUAUCUUCGUUUUAAGUAUUUUUCUAAUCUACACAUGCCAUUCACAAUUGCGUGUCAAAUUGAUUCAAUACUCAUACUCUAUAUCAUAUAUCUUCUUAUUACGUCAUGUCUAACAGAUAUGGAGUAAUACAGAGCUGAAUAUGGCUCAGUAAAUCUCAUCAUUGAUUGUUGCAUAGGCAUCCAGUAUUUCUAAUAAUAUUACAAUAAGUUGACAAAUAAGCUGAAAAAUGUAUUGAUGGUUUAAAAAAAAUCAUAUUUAUUAUUUAUCUUAUUUUUUUCAUUUUAUAUCACACAGCUUGUUAAGGAUUGUCGUAGUGAAAGUGAACUCUCCGAUGAAUCCAAUCAAAUAACGAAAUUAAAUCCUAUUCAUGAAACAAAAUGUUACAAUAAUUAUCAUCAUACAAACCAACCUUCAUUGAAAAGUAAUGAUGUUAGUAUAAAUAAUAAUAGUAAUAUUACUACUACUAAUAAUAAUAAUAGUGAUAAUAACGUUAGUGAUAUUAUUAGCGAUGAUAAUAAAUUAAAUCAUGUAUUUCAACGUUCUAAUCACUGUAUGCAGUAAGAUAAAGGAUUAUAUUGAAAAUCUUGUAAACGUUGAAUAUCGAACAUUCUCUCUCUCUCUAUCUAUCUAUUGUGAAUUAAUCAAGGAGAACUGUGAAAAACUGUAGUUCUUUUUUUCUUUGUGUUGUAGUUUGCACAUAAAUUGUUUAUUCACUAAUUGACAAUCAGUUGUAUAUCGAACAGGAGCAAAUAUCUCCAUAUAUCAUUUUAAUCAUUUUUCUACCUUUGAAUAUCUUUUAUCUAUCAUUUGUACUAUGGUCUUUCGUAUUUUGUGUGAUUGUUUGAUUUGUAAAAAAAUACAAAACUUUUUUUUACGCAUUGUUUUAAGCUUUUUGUUAGAGUGUAUUUUCAUCGAAAUGAUGAAUAGUGAUUUAUGCACCGAUAUAAUAGAUUGUGAAGUUUAUCAGACAUUCUAUAGAUCCGUUAUUUGUUUUGUAAUGAAAGAUUCAGUGCAAAAAAAUGUAAAAAUCAGAUGAAAAGAAUAAUGUGUUAUGAUGAUGGAUCUUUGAAUAAUUGGUAUUUAACGAAAUUCACAAUUUACAACUUGAGUUUAGUUUUAGAAUUUACUGCCUUAAUUGCAGAGUGUAUUGUAAGACCUUCAGCACUUCUUAGAAAAUGUUUCCUAUUGAAUUUCAUCUAGUCUAAUUUCUAAUGUUAUUUUGUGAUGCAAUGAUAUAUUGAAAGAUGCAUCAUUGAAAAGCUAUUUUAUUCUGUCAUAACACUAUUCAACAUUGUGCAUUCACCAAGAAUCAAACCCAAGAUCUUCGAGUCUCAUAUUGAGUGCAUUACCUUUAGACUACUGUAUUGCUAUCCAAUAGUUUACCUUUCCAAAUUUAAUCAGUUCUAAAAGUAGCACAACUCUCAUCAAUUAAUAACCGGAAUUCAUACAACGGAAUACACUACAAAUUACUGCACGGAGGACAGCUAACAGACGCCUUCUGAGUGAGUACCGCAGUCAAACAAGGCUUUUUACUCUCCCUCUUUCUCUUUCUUCUGGUAGUCGACUGGAUUGUGAAGAUCUCUACAUCUCAGGAGAAGUACGGAAUACAAUGGACAGACUGGAUGCAACUAGAAGAUUUGAAAUUCGCGGAUGACCUAGCUCUUCUAUCCCAUACACCAACGAAUAGAAGUGAAGAAAGCAAGUGUAGCAGCAGCCUCUGCAUCAGUAGACCUCAAUAUACACAACAACAAAAGAAAGAUCCUCAUAUAUAACAUGGAGAACAAUAACCCAAUCACACUUGAUGGAGAAGUUCUGGAAGAUGUGGAAUCUUUCACGUGCCUGGUCGGCAUCAUCGAUGAACAAGGAGCAUCAAACGCAGACGUAAAGAUAAGGAUCGGAAAAAUAAGGGCAGCAUUCCCACAGUUGGAAAACAUAUGGGACUCAAAACAACUGUCGACCAAUAUCAAAGUCACAAUCUUCAAUACGAACGUCAAGGCAGUUCUACUGUAAGGAGCUGAAACUUCGACAACUACUACAACCAUCAUCAAAAAUGUACAAGUAUUUAUAAAGAACUGUUUACUCAAGAUAAUCAAUGUCCGUUAGCUGGAUAUCAUCAGCAACAGCCUUCUGUUGGAGAGCACAAACCAGCUUCCAUCUGAGGAGGAGAUUUGUAAAAGGCGUUUGGGGUUGAUAUGACAUAGUUUGUGGGAAUCACCGGACUGGACCACGAAGCAAGGGUUUACUUGAAAUGGUGAAGGUAAACAGAAAAGAAGAAGGUCAAGGAACAAAUUGCAUUGAGAAUUGGAAGCAGACAUCAAAAGGAUGAGUAGCAUCUACCUAGGGGUUUGGAAAACCCUGGUUUCAAACCAAUGAUCCACAUGGGCUCCAGGGUCCUGAGGGAACAAAUAGCAUAUGAACAUAUUAUUGGUUACCGGCUACCAUGGUACUGCAUCUCCUAACCUUCCUCUGAUGCCUUGUGAAUUAGAUCUUUAGAUAAAGGCUUGGGGUUUGCCCCCCCUAAGAAAACCACCUGUUUCGGUUUGGGCACCCGGGCAGUAUCUCAGCUUAUACACAAAUCAAAUGGUAAUUACUACUGGAAAAGUUACUAUUGUUUCAACUCUCAUUCAGACGAAUCAUAU